GCGGCCACUCGGAGGGCGCCGCAGCGGGCGCUCUAGCCGCUCUCUCGUGGUCUCUCCUCCCUUGUUUGGCUGCGCGCUCUCUAUGGUGCUGGGGACAUGUGGCGCCUCCCGGGUCUCCCGGGCCGAGCUCUUGCCCGGCUGCUGGGACCUGGCCUCCGGGGUGUGAACCCCAAGUCCACCGCCCCAGAUGGGCCUCAGGUUACCUCCUCUACUUUCUUGAUCCCAGCGCCCAACAUCAACAGGUCAGGUCCCCAUGGCCCAGGUCCAGGCUCGAGCAGAGGUCCAAGGUCACACCGAUGGAAGGAUGCUUUCCAGUGGGUAUCAGCCCGUGUCUCCUCAAAUACGCUGUGGGAUGCCAUAUCAUGGGGCACUCUGGCCGUGCUGGCCCUGCAGCUGGCAAGGCAGAUUCACUUCCAGGCAUCCCUGCCAGCAGGACCUCGGAGAGUGGAGCGCUGCUCUUGGCACAGUCCCCUGGACGGUUUCCUCUCCUCUCCCUGGUGGCUCCCACAACUCUCCCUGCGGAGGCACAUUCUCCCCAGCCCUGAUAGCCCAGCUCCCAGACACCCUGGCCUCAGGGAACCCAGGCUGAGUCAGGAAGAGCCCUGCCCUCCACGCGAGAGCCCUUCCUCUCUCAGCUCCCUGACAGCAGCUGGUCUCCAGGAUUCCUCUGAGGAAGGUCUCAGUAACAUUGGCUUCCUGUGUGCCAGCUGUAACUUCAAGGGUGAGGCAAAGCCAGCCCAGCCUCAGCCCACUGGUGAAAAGCAGGAACAAGAUACGUCAAAGACUCUAUCUCUGGAGGAGGCUGUGACUUCCAUUCAGCAGCUCUUCCAGCUCAGUGUUUCCAUUGCCUUCAACUUCCUGGGGACAGAGAGCAUGAAGAAUGGAGACCAUGCAGCAGCCUUUUCCUACUUCCAGAAAGCAGCAGACCGUGGCUACAGCAAGGCACAGUAUAAUGUGGGCCUGUGUCAUGAGCACGGCAGGGGCACCCCCAGGGACCUCAGCAAGGCAAUCCUUUCUUACCGACUGGCUGCCAACCAGGGCCACAGCCUGGCUCAGUACCGAUAUGCCAGGUGCCUGCUGCAAGAGCCAGCAUCCUCCUGGGAUCCUGAGCGGCAGAGGGCGGUGUCCCUGCUGCGGCAGGCUGCAGACUCAGGCUUGAGAGAGGCCCAAGCCUUCCUCGGGGUGCUUUUCACCAAGGAGCCAUACCUGGAUGAGCAGGGCGCUGUGAAAUAUCUGUGGCUUGCAGCCAGCAAUGGGGACUCACAGAGCAUGUACCACAUGGGAAUUUGCCAUGAGAAGGGCCUUGGUGUGCAGAGGAGUCUGGGAGAGGCUGUGAGAUGUUAUCGGCAGUCAGCAGCUCUGGGGAACAAGCCUGCCCGGGAACGACUGCGGACCAUCUUUUCCAUGGAGGCUGCAGCCUCGGGGCCCAGUGACCUGGCAGUUACGGGACUGAAGUCCUUUUCCAGCCCCUCCCUCUGCAGCCUGAGCACCCUGCGGGCAGGAGCCUCACACCUCCCACAUGCCUCAAGCACGGGCAGCCUUGGUUUCCUCUGCAGAAGUGGGCAUCUAGGAUCCAGCCCUGGAGCCCCCAGCAGGGCUAUCGCCCCACACCCCUCCCCUUUGGAAAGGAGUCUCGUCAGACUGGGUUUUGGCUAAGACCCUUUCACUUCAGCCCUAACGUGGGAACCUAGGUUGUCAGAGACACACAGCAAUGUGAAUCCCAAAGAAGAGGCCAGCCACCACCCACCUUCCCAGAGAACCUUAAGCCCCUGCCCUAGCACGGUAUGAAGAGGAAAAUGCUUGAAGACCCAGGUUCUGGCAGCAACUGACCCAACUCUGCAUUAUUUGCUUAGUUGUAGAUCAAGGGUGGUGAUGUCGGGGGGGGGGGGCGCAUUGCUGGGGAAAGGACCUUGGUGCUCACUGUGGUCUGAGGAGGCUGCGUGAUGCCCGUGGUUGUGUGGCUUUGUGAGUCACCAGGCCAGGAAAGGUCCUAGGCCUCUUGGCCCCUCUCUCACACUGGUUCACACUGUCACUAUAUGAAAGCGUUAUUAUCAUCCUUCCAAUGGGAGGGCGAUGGAGAUUGAGCUCUUGGAGUCUGGAAGCAAGGAAGUGCGGGUUCUGAGAUCUUCAUCUGUGAAGGGUGUGCCAGAAAUGUAUAGGAGUUUAAUAAAACAGAUAUUGGAUUAUC